CCCACACGGCUCUCUCUCUCUCUCGUAUUUUGCCAAAUCAAGAAAAUUCACUUCCAAAGCCAUACACAGUUGAAUCCAACAUCACCACCAUUGUUGAACCUCUCUCUCUCUCUCUCGGAGAUAUAUAGAACACCUGGUUUCAAUGAAGAAGCUUACACCCAGAAACAGUCUCUUUCUAUAACCUCUCUCUCUCUCUGGUAUUGUCCAGAAUCAUAACUCCAUAUAUAUAUUGCUUGCGGUGCAAGUAAGCGGGCCAUAAUCCGGAGAUCAGGAAGUAGGGUUAUAGUGUUUGAAAAGUUCGGCGAAGUGGCAUGAAGAGAUCAAAGCCGAAACUCAUCUCUCUUCUUCUCUUGUCUCUUCUUUCUUGUUGCUUCCUCUUCGCUCCUCAUCUCCUCUGUUUCUUCUCCCCUCCUUCUCCGUCUCUGCUCGAUUUUCCUGUUAAAGUGAGUGAAAGACUUGAUGUUCAUGGCAAUACUGAUCUCAUCAAGCGUUCAACGGUAGCAAGCAGAGAGGGUAUAUGGUGUGACAGAACCGGGUACCGAACAGAUAUCUGUUUCAUGAAAGGCGAUAUCAGAACACGCUCCCCUUCUUCUUCAAUCCUCCUCUACAACUCGCAAGACAGAUCAGACGGUUUCUCCAACCACGUCUCUUACGGAAAGAUCAAACCCUAUACCAGGAAAUGGGAAACCGCUAUAAUGGACACCAUCCGAGAGCUGAAACUCGAGAGAAGGGAUGCAAAAAAGCUUGGAGACGAACAUACAUGUGAUGUUCAUCACGAUGUUCCGGCUGUAGUGUUCUCCACUGGGGGAUACACCGGGAAUGUCUAUCACGAGUUCAACGACGGAAUCAUUCCGCUGUAUAUAACGUCUCAGCGUUUCGCCAAAAGGGUCGUCUUUGUGAUCUCUGAGUACCAUAAAUGGUGGGAGUUGAAGUAUGGAGAUGUUAUCUCUCAGCUCUCUGCCUAUCCACUCGUUGAUUUCGACAGAGACAAGAGAACUCACUGCUUCAAGGAAGCCAUUGUUGGCCUUAGAAUCCACGAUGAGCUAACAGUGAAUCCCUCUCUGAUGCAACAUAACAAAACAAUCAUGGACUUCAGAAAUCUCCUGGACAAAGCCUACAGACCGAGAAUCAACAGACUGGUUGCAGAGGAGGAGACAAGGUUUAGUGCAGAACCGGCAAAGGACAGAAAAGCUGUUUCAAGGCGGAUGCAAAGGCCGAGACUUGCGCUGUUAUCGAGAAAGGGGUCUCGGGGGAUAAAGAACGAGGAAACGCUGGUGAAGAUGGCAAAGAGAAUAGGGUUUCAAGUCCAGGUCUUGAGGCCACGCAGGUCGACCGAACUGGCAAAGCUCUACAAGGAGCUUAACUCAAGCGAUGUCUUGGUCGGAGUCCAUGGAGCUGCAAUGACACAUUUUCUGUUCAUGAGGCCGGGAAGUGUCUUUGUUCAGAUCAUCCCAUUGGGAACAGACUGGGCAGCAGAGACAUAUUAUGGAGAACCGGCUAGGAAGCUUGGUCUGGAUUAUAUCGGUUAUAAGAUUCUUCCUACAGAGAGUUCGUUGUAUCGGAAAUACGAAAAAGACGAUCCAAUUCUUCGAGAUCCGGACAGUAUCAACAACAAGGGAUGGCAGUUCACGAAGACGAUAUACCUAGACGACCAGCAAGUGAAUCUAGAGCUCCGGAGGUUCAGGAAGGUGUUGCUUGAUGCUUACUCAAAGUCUGUGAGCUGAGCUGAGCUGGCAUGAAAUUGGUCUGUAUAGUCUGCACAGAAAAGUACAACAGAAAAUGAAAAACUCUUUGUAAAAACUGUCACAAUGAAAGUAACAAAGUUAAUGUUUUGAAAAGAUUUUAUUUA